AAAAUGCGUUUUGUUGUUAUUCCAGCACGAGCCCUUUUAACAGCUAUGAGAAAUAGGCUGAAUUAAAUACAUCUCAAAAUAGCUAAACUAAUCUAAUGAAUUUCUCUUGCUAAAUAGAGUUUCGAAAAACUCUGGUAUCUGCUCACAUAGUUUUAACUGGCUCGCUGGCAAGCUUGUACCGAAAACUCUGUUACAGCUACAUUCUGCAAUUGUUAGCUAGCAAGCUACAAUAAAUUAGAGCUCUACAUAGCUAGCUAACUCGCUCAACUCGACCAUGUGCCAGGUUGAUGAGGAAUACAAUGGACAGCUAGAUCACAGAGUGACCCCACGUGUCUCCAAGAAGUGUGUCAAAUGCAAAGAAAAUACAACUGUAUUGAUUAUCCGAGCUGGAGAUGCAUUUUGCAGGGGCUGCUUCAAGGAGUACUUCAUACACAAGUUCCGGGCCAUGCUGGGAAAGAACCGGGUCAUAUUCCCAGGAGAGAAGGUUCUUCUUGCAGUGUCUGGAGGGCCAGCCUCUAGCUCCAUGCUGUCACAGGUUCAAGAGGGUUUGAGUCGAGACGCACCCAAGAAGUUGAGAUUUGUCCCUGGAAUUAUCUACAUAGAUGAGGGCGGGGCCAGUGGUCAAAGCAUGGAAGAGCGGAAGAGGGCAGUGGCUCAACUGGAGUCAGUUUUCAGAGACACUAAUUACCAUUACCACAUAGUCCACCUGGAGCAGGUACUGAGUCUCCCCAGCUCCGUGCUAGAGGCAGGAUCCUCGGCAACGGAAAAACCUCAGACUGGGUUGAGUUAUAAAGCUGCUGUGGAUCAUUUCAUCCAGACCAGGAAGAACCAGAACCAGCACCCAGACCUCUCUGUGGAGAAUGCCCAGAGUCACCUGUCCAGUCUGAGCAUGCAGGAGGUCCAGAAUGGAGUAACCAGCCCCAUCACCCCUGAACAAACCCAAGCCCUUCAGAGACUGUUUGCCUCUGUGAGGACGCUGACAGCCAAAGAGGAUUUGCUACUUACACUGAGGCAGCACCUGAUUCUCCACACAGCGAGGACGCAGGCCUACACCAAGGUGAUGAUGGGGGACAGCUGCUCCCGUCUGGCCAUCAAACUGCUCAGCAACAUCUCUCUGGGGCGAGGGGCAUUGCUGGCAACGGACACGGGCUUCUCAGAUCCUCGCUACGGAGACGUGGUCAUUGUCAGACCCAUGAGGGACUAUUCCUCUAAAGAAAUAGCAUAUUACAACAGAAUGUUUGACAUCCCCUCGGUCUUCAUCCCUGGCCUGGACUCUAAGGCACAAGACAAGGCCAGCAUCCAGCGCUUGACAGAGAGCUUUGUCACCAAACUCCAGACUGACUUUCCCUCUACUGUCAGCACAAUCUACAGGACCAGUGAGAAGCUCCACACAGCAUGUCCCCCUCAGAACACCAACACACAACUCUCCGCUAAGUGCCUACUGUGUGUCUGUGCCUUGGACACUAAACUAGAGGAGUUCUCUGCCUACCAGGCCACACUGAUCUCAGAGCAGCUGUCUCAGAGGCGGGGCCCAGGCCCUGAGUGUACCCCUGGUACAGCAGCAGCUCCAGGGUCGCCUCCAGCCUCCUCGGCAGGCCAGGGCCACUCCUCUGGAGAGGGCCAGAGUCAGGGCUGUGAGACUGGAGAGGGGGGCUGCUGUUCCUCUAAGGAGCCAGAGACAGUGGAUCUUAAAAGCCUGUUGUGUUACAGUUGUAGACUGACCAUCAAAGACAUGACUGCAUUAGACGCCCUUCCCCAGUACAUACUGUCAGAGGCUGAGAGGAGGAGAAGGUCUCAGAUGAGGGAGGAGAUCAGUGAGUUCCUGCUAGAUGAGGAAGAGGAUGAAGCCAUCCCAAGGGUCAAUGGGUCUUUGUGACAGACUAAUACCCAGUGUGACUGGACAACGUCCAACAGCAGACACUGCAGUGACAUUGUUCCCGUGGCAACUAUACAGCCAAGGCUAUUUGUCUCAAUAUGAACUGUAAUACCAAUUGCUUUUAUUAUUUAUUUUCAGUCAGUUUAUUAAUUAUUUGGCUAUAAGACAACUAUAGACAGUUUAAAUCAAUCUUAACUACACCCAAAAUGAUUUGUACAUGGCACUGCUUGGUGGUGAAUCUAACAUUGAUUCAGGUCUAACUAAUGAAUUGAAUAUAUGAUGCUGAAACAAUUUUUUUUCCCAUGUCAGGAAUGAGAAGGAUCAUUUAUUUGUACAGAUGAACAAUAUUUUCAUUGGUUUAGGCGCUGAAUCACAUUAUAUUGGAAAUAGAAAUGAUUAUUCUUCAACAACAGAGAUCCCAUAGCAACAACCUACAUGGUUCUGCAUUAGAACUCCCAUCAGCAUCACGCAGGUUCUCUGAAAAUGAGAGCAAACAUAUGGCAAUAAAGUAUAACACAUGUUUAUUAAAGUUAGGAAAGGUUUUGGUUUUACGUUUUUGCAUAUAGAUUUAUGCAUAUUGGCAACUACUCAAGCAAUGGUUGGACCAUAUUGUAACAAUUCAGAAAAAAAAGAUUUAAGGCACAAUGGUAGAUGUGUUUCCUGUAUAAUGUCACAAUUUAUCAAACUACUCUAGCACGACAUUUUCUAGAGAUGGGGCUAAUGUUGCCUUAUGCGUUAGUCCAGCAUGGAGACAUUUUGUAUGUUUCAGUCUUUACUCUGUACAGUGUUGCUAUACUCUCAUUUAACCACCUUAUAUUUUACACUUGUAAAAAAAAAAAGAAUAAAAAAAAAAGAUUCAA